UGACAAUUAUUUCUUUUUUGUAAAGGAUAUGAUGACUUCCAUGAAAUUUCAGGUGAGCAAAUCUACCAAAGAUGUCUUUUCAGGCCAAAACACAGCCUCUAUCAAGGAUCAAACUUUUGAAAUUAUAUCGGACAGAGACGGCAUAGAAGAUGCAAUUACAAAAGAAACGAUAUCUUUGCAACAAUCUAAAACAUUAGCAGACCGACAUCUAAUUGAGGAUAUAAAGAUGCAGACAGAACUUCAAGAAAAAACAAUAAUGGAUGAAGAAAAGACAAAACUUGCGAUACGUGUAGGAAACGAAAGGGAAGUUAAGAACCAGAUGUGCAAACUCAAGAAUAGAGAGGAGGAAAUAAGGGAGCAAAUAAAGUUUGCUAUGGAAAACAUGGAGGAAGAAAGUCAAGAGAUUAAAAAGCUUAUUAUAUAUAUAAAUGACCUGCAGAGCCAGAAACCAGAGACUGAAAAUUGGUUACGAAUUACAGGCAGGGAAAGCACCACAGAUGAGAUCGUCAAAUUUGAAGUAAAAGUUAAAAAACAGGAGAACGGCAAAGGGGUGGAAAAAGAAGAGCAAAAACAAAGUCAGGAUUCAACACAAUAUAUGCAGACCAAUAAUGAUAAGAUAAAGGAAGGGUUUGCUACAAAGGACACAGGAAGUGAUGAUUUUCAAAGACUUAGGGCAGAGAUUUAUAAAACACAAAAAAACAUUAGACUAGUUAACCUAGAUCUUGACAACCAAGCUGAAGAAAGCCAUAUCAACCAAGAUCAUGAGGAUAAAGAUGGCACAAUUGAAGGAUUGCUACAAGAACUGAAAAGAUUCCAAGAGCUUUUAAAAAUGGUACAAAUAGAAAUUAGGCAAAGAGAAAUGCAUCUGAAAGAAGAAAUCAGCAACAUGAAAUCGAGGAAAACUACAGCAAAGAUACAGGAAAGAAAACUGGAUCAUAGGUUAGAGAAAAUGAUGAGAGACAGAGAUGAAUUUGAAGUUUUAAAAAUAAAAACACAGAAACAACCUGAAGUUAGAAGAAAACUAGCUAAAGUUAAGGGCACCAUAGAGAAAGUUGCAGCUAGGACUAGACAGAAAAGUCAGGACAUAGAUAUUGUUAGGAAGGAGACCCAAGAAAAACUGAAAAAGUUGGAAGACCUGAGCUGUAAAAUUGAGACUACCAAAAAAGAACUGGAAAAAAGACAUGCUUUCAUAUCCAAAGAAAUAACUGACCUUUUGAAAUUCAACACUGAACUCAGGCAGAAAGAGGACAGAGAAUUUCCCUUGGAAAGUAUUAAGACACUGAAGGGAGACAAAAAAAAACAUGACAGAAUGGAAACAGACACACACAUGGACAACAUGCCAGAGAAAAUAAUGGGUAAGGAUAUUGAGGAAAUGGAAAAGGACAUCACUAGACUUAUAUCAGAACAGGAGAAACGUGAGAAAGAAAUGAAACUGACACUGGAUCAGAAAAACUGUGAAAUUGAAAAACUGAAAGAGUCUGUAACUGAACAAGUGAAACUAGAGACUGAAAGUAAAGAGAUUGAGAUCCUCAAACAACGGAUACAAGUUGAGAGGGAGAGUUUGAUAAUAGAAAGAGAGCAAGCUGAGGCAGAAGCAUAUGAAAUUAACUGUUUAAGGGAAAGUAUAAAAAGAGAGAAACAGGAGCUUGUUGACAGUACAAAAACUACCAAAAGAGAAAUAAGAGAAAUGGAGAUUCUGAGGUCAGAGCUGGAAAUAAAGAAAAAAGAAAGUGAACAGAUAUUUAGAAGAAAUAUGCAGAAAAAGUGGAAUGUCAUACAAAGAGAAAAGGGAGAAUUGAAAAGAGAGACCCAAAAGAUGAGAAGAGAAUUAGACCAAAGACUGGAAGAAAUCAAGAGAGAGAGGUAUGAGUCAGAAAUAUUCUGGAUAAAACUGCAACGGCAGAAGGAUGAGAUGGCUGAGGAAAAGCAGAGAGUAAAAGAACAAACUACUGAUAAAGGAAAAGCAGAGAUGGAUGAAAUGGUCAGCAUGAAAGGCAGUAUCCAAAAACAAAAACAGGGGCUUGAAAUCCGACUAGAAGAAGUUAAGAGAGAAAAAAGGGAGGUUGAAGUGUUGAAGUGUGAGUUGGAGAACAAAAUAACUGAAAAUCAACAGAUGAUUCGACGAAGCAUUAAAAAAGAGCAGGAUGUAAAAAAUAUGUUGGCUCAGCUCGAAGAAGAACAACAUGCUUUCAAGAGGGAGGCACAGAAGAGGAGAAAAGAGCUUGACCAGCGAUUGGAGAGAAUACACAGAAAGAGGGAUGAACUGGAGAUCAUGAAACUGAAGCUGCAGAGAGAAAGUGAACAGAGCAAAGGUGGAGCUGUAGUCUCCAGCAUGGCCACAGCCACACAAGUUCAAAACUCAAUUAAAAAGCACUGGGAGCUAAUUCAGAAAAGUAUUGAGAAAAAACUGAUUGAAGAAUGGAAUGGAGAAGUGACAGAUGAAAAACAGCACAUAGUGGACCAGGCGGAAAAAAAAAUAACCCAGAGAAGAGAAGUCGUGGGAAAUAUCAAGAUUGGGAUUAAAAGACAGAAGAAAAGAAUAUGUGCUUUAAAGAGCAUGAAAAAAAAGCAAAUACAUUUGGAGCAGGACGAGGUGAGUAUCAUAAAAGAGAGAAAGGAAGAGCUAGGGGAAGAGGAUCUCAGAACUGAGGCGUUGAUGGUCAAAGAUGAAGGCCAGAGAGAGAAAAAAAAAAAGAGAGAAAUGAAAAGGCCGAAUAAUGAUAUUGUAAAUCAGAAAAGACAAAAAAUCCCAAAAACUUCAAAUCUUACAAAGGAACAAAUUGAGCCGGAAAAGAAAAAAGAACCGGAAUUGGAUGAAGAGGGGAAAAAUGGUGCAAAUGAAAUCGAGCUUCUAAAAAAACAAGGACUGAUAAGAAAUUCCAAUAUGGAGGAUGAAAAUGUGACAAAGCAGAGAAAUCUAAACCUUGUUGAAAAACAUUUAGAUUUAAAAAAACUAGAUGAAGAGCUGAAGAAAGAAAGAGGGGAUCUGGAUAGAGAGAGUGAGGUGAUGAACAAAGAGAAACUGGACUUUGAUUUGAUCAGGUCGGACAUCCUGAAACAAAGGGACAUGUUGGAACAACAGAGACAAGAUAUAAAAGAAGAAACAGAGAAAUUGGAAAUCACAAAGACUGAUCUUCAAGUGUUGAAAGGACAUGCAGACAUUCAGUUUGAUGAGAUAAACAAAGAGAAAGCCAACAUUAAAGAUCUGACCCUUCAUCUUCACACAGAAAAAGACAAACUUGAGAAUAUCAUGACCAUGAUUGUUUUAAAACAAGAAGAACAAAAACUCAAGGAGGACCAGUUCAGCAGACAAACACAAGAACUGGAAACAAGAAAGACCAGUCUGCUGGAAGAAAGAGAAGAACUGGAUCUUUUGAGGAAGGAUCUCAACAAGAAGAGGGAAGAGGUUGAAACAGCCACGAACACCAUCAGUUCAGAGAGAGAGAUACUCAAUCAGAUGCAGAGUACUACUGACACACAGAGAACAAUGCUCAACAAUGAAAAGGACAGAAUGGAAAGAGGAAUGUCGGACCUGAAAACAAGAGAAGAUCGAAUAUUGAAUACGAUGAAAUCAAUGGAAAUUCUGAGGGAAAAACAUCACCAGCUGAAUGAAAGGAUGAGUGAAGAAAUUCAAAACAAAAAGAUCAGACUUGAAGAAAACAAUGAAGACACAUUUAAACUGUUGAGUGUUUUGGAGCAAAAGCAUGACGUUCUGGAUAAACAGAAAGAACAUAUGUCACGUUACACUGAGACGUUACAGAGGGAAAGAGAAAGGUUGAAGAUCCUGUUGUCAGAAAGUGUCACUCAAAGACAGGAAAUGGGAAAUCAACUGAAACAAGAGGCCUUGUUGGAAAGGACAAAUCUUCUGGAACUGAAGGCAGAGUUGAAGAAAGAAAGAGAGGACCUGGAUAGAGAGAGUGAGGUGAUGAACAAAGAGAAACUGGACUUUGAUUUGAUCAGGUCGGACAUCCUGAAACAAAGGGACAUGUUGGAACAACAGAGACAAUAUAUAAAGGAAGAAACAGAGAAUAUGGAAAUCACAAAAACUGAUCUUCAAGU